AUCGAGCAUAUUUAUUUUUUAUAACAGUGCUGUCUUUGUCAUAGUCACAGAGGAUGUCAUUUAAAAACGUUAGUUUGUGAUACGGGUUCACAUUUGAAAUGGCAUGGUUUCUUUUUAAAACGUUUAAAAUGGAGCCCUAAAACAAAUUAAGGCUUGAAAAUAUAAGAGCUUUAAAAAAAAAAAAACGUUUUAACAAUUUGUAUUUUUUUAGCAGGGCAUUUACAACCUGAGAACUGGUGGUUUACGUCAACUGCACUUCUAUUUCUAAUUUAUUUUUCUAUUGUUCUUUUUCUCACAUUUUUAAUCAAUCUUAUUGCUGUUUUAUUCUUUCUUCAUGAUGUUAUUAUAAUACUAAACUAGUACUUUAUUUAUCAAUUUAGUCAUAUUGCGUUCUUAAUAUUAUCAUAUAUUUUUAUGUUAUACAUCUUUUCAAUAAAACUUCGAAAGGUUCCCCUGAUUAAAACUUUACCCAAAUAUAAGCGAAUAUGCAAUUGUGGCGAAAAGGUUAGAAUAUAUUUCAACCGCAUUUUGUAGAUUCACAAACGCGUUUGGUCCUGACUCCUGCGAGCAUCCGUAGUGCGUCGAUGAGGAUGCGACCACGUGAUCCAUGUAAUACUUGUGCUUUCUGUUCUUCAAAUGCCACCUACUAUGCUCACAAACUCCCUUAAUAAGUGUUGUUUUUUGGCAUUGCGCAGUUAAUAGUUGUUUAAGGGCUACUUUUAAACACUUAGACAAAACUAUCACCAGGUAUUUCUCCCGUUUCCAGAAACUUGUAAGGAUUUAUAAGUUGUUAUAUCAGCCUAGCUGUUCCACCUGGACACUUGUCAACUGACGGUCACUUGGUUGUUGUGAGUCUGGAGAGGAGGGGAAAGUAAACGGGAUACAAAUGCGGCUGAAAGACCCCUUCUCUUUAAGAAGCGCAGACAUGACCAAGCGGUCAAACAAGCCAAAAAAGCCUCGGGAUGAAGACUCUUCCGAUGAGGUCGGCGGACUGACAUGUCAACAUGUGAGCAGAGCUGUGGACCUCAGUUCGGUGAAGAAGGCAGUGACGGGCAGUCUAUGGUCUGUCUGCUCGGAAUGCCUUAAAGAGAGAAAGAUGUUUGAGGGCGAUGCAGCAGGAGUUCAUGACAUCCUUGUUUGCCUCAAGUGUGGCUUCCAGGGAUGUAACCAGGCAGAAUCUCAGCAUUCUACAAAACACCAGCAAGCCCAUCACUCGGAUUCUCACUGUAUCACCAUCAGCCUCAGUACAUGGAAGGCCUGGUGCUUUGAAUGUAAUGAAGAGCUCUCCACUCACUGCAAUAAGAAGGCACUCGCUCAGACUCUAGACUUCCUCCAGAAGCACUCGGCAAAAACCACCUCAGGAACAACCUCCAAAAUCAUCAAGCUCAGAGAAGAACCAACAGAGUAUGUCGACUCUCAGAGAGGAAAGAGUCCGGUGAACAGCACACUGAUCCCUGUGAAGGGCAUCAACAACCUGGGCAACACCUGCUUCUUUAAUGCUGUCAUGCAGAAUCUCUCCCAGACUCACAUGCUGAACGACCUGAUUCAGGAAGUCAAGGAAAAAGGACAUAAAAUAAAGAUCUGCCCUAAUUCUGAAAAUACCUUGGGGCCACUAACUGUGACAUUGCCCAGCCCAGACCCCCUGACCUCAGCUAUGUUCCUGUUCCUUCAAAGCAUGAAGGAGCCUGGCAAAGGGCCCGUCUCCCCCAAGAUCCUUUUCAACCAGCUCUGUCAGAAGGCGCCUCGAUUUAAAGGUUACCAGCAACAGGACAGUCAGGAAUUAUUACACUACCUUCUGGACUCUGUGAGAGUCGAAGAGACGAAGCGGAUUAAAGCAGGCAUCCUCAAAGCCUUUAACAACCCCACCGAGAAAACGGCUGAUGAAGAGACCAAACGACAAGUGAAGGCUUAUGGGAAGGAAGGUGUAAAAAUGAAUUUUGUUGAUCGUAUUUUCGUCGGAGAACUAACCAGCACCAUAAUGUGCGAGGAGUGUGAACAGAUUUCUACCGUGAAAGAAGCCUUCAUUGAUAUCUCACUUCCCAUCAUAGAGGAAAGGAUCUCUAAACCCACAAACCUGGGUAGACUUGGGAAAAGUGGGCGGGACCAGGAUGUUCUGGGCUCCCAUGUCGAUGACUUAUCAACUGCCCAUUCACAGGCCAAUAGAAACAUUAGAAAGAAACCACAGAGUCGACAUUCGUCCACUUCUCACGAUGAGAGGGGAGCAGACUCUUUAUCCAGCCGACAAGAGGAAGAGCUCUGUGUGGCUGGGCGUGGCCUAGCCAGUUACCCAACUGAUACGACGGGCAGCCAAUCAGACUGCAGCGACAAGGAUUCCAACUUGGACAGCAGUAAUGAUGCGGACAGCGAGGCAUCUGAAAGUGAAUGGUCUCCUCGAAACCCAUGCACACCGAGUCACAGUAGCACCUCAGAUAAAGUGUUCAACACGACUACACCAACAGCAAUGCACAACGUAAAGCCGAAUGUGAGCCCAAGCUCAACCACCAUACCCUUACUGAGACCUCAACAGGGUGGUGCCGUAGAGCAGCUUGUCAGCGCCGUGUCUAAAUUGGGCCUGGUGCACACUUCCACCGACACCCUGCCUGUCAGCCACUGCCCAGAUGAGCAGGCGGAGAACCGGGACAAGGAGAAAGAUCGUCAGCAUCAUCAAGGAGCUUUUCAAGCCCUUUGUCACAGCUACACACCCAGUUCCAAAGAGUGCUCUGUGCAAUCCUGCCUGCAUCAGUUUACCUCUGUUGAGCUGCUCAUGGGCAACAACAAACUGCUUUGUGAGAACUGCACUGAGAGGAGGCAGAGACAGCUGAAGAGAAGUAGCAGUGCAGAUAAGAAAGCCGAGAAGGUCUACACCAGUGCCCGUAAACAGAUGCUUAUCUCCGCCCUUCCACCAGUGGUCACCCUUCACCUGAAACGCUUUCACCAGGCUGGGAUGAAUCUGAGGAAAGUUAAUAGACAUGUGGACUUUCCUCUUAUUCUGGACCUGGCACCAUUCUGCUCUGCCACUUGCAAGAACCUUGGAUCGGGAGAGCGCGUGCUUUACAGCUUGUAUGGCAUUGUGGAACACAGCGGAUCGAUGCGAGGGGGGCACUACACUGCAUAUGUGAAGGUCCGCAACCCUCCACGGAGAACUGAGCAGCGGAGAAACCAGUCAGGUCCAAGAGAGGCAAGUUCUGCACCACAAGGUCAGUGGGUUUAUGUCAGCGACACCAACGUACAGACUGUACCGGAGUCCAGAGUGCUGAACUCUCAAGCUUAUUUACUCUUCUAUGAAGAGCUGCCGUAGAACCGCAUGAACGUAAGACGUUCAAGAUGAUCUCUGGCAACGGACAAUACCAACUUGGACAACACCUGGCGCAUGCCUCUGAAUUUUAAUGUCAGAAGGAUUCUACAUACUGUACUAAAUACAAGCUUGGCCCCAGGGUCUUAUUCAUUACUCAACGCUGAUCUGAAUAGGGAUUGGACAAUGGGAUUAAUUAUUAUAAAAGUAAAAUGGUGUUCUAAAUUGAAGUUAUUUAUGACAUAUUUUUAUUUGUCAAAAGGAGACAUUUAUUUUGCAGGAGUAUUUGCAAAAUUUGGAAUUUACAAAAACAUGUAUAAAAUAUGAAAUAGAAGUGGAAAAUAGGAAAAAUGAUCUUCGUCAUAAGAAUAUCUUCUUUCUAUAAUGAAAGGAAAAUUUAGCAUCAUCUUAUUUUGCCCUGGAUUAUACAAUAUCACACAAACAUAUAUGAAGAGUUGUUUUGCAAAAACUGAUGGUUUUGUUGCGCAAUCCAAGUAAUGUCAAUCGAACUUCAUUCGGGUUGUUUAGAUUGGGUAAUAUAUAUACAAACAGACACAACAUGUAAUGAAGUGUUUAGAGACAAUGCUACAUUUAAAACAUUGCUUUGUCACUCUGUAAUAAAAAAGUUUUUUUUUUUUUUUUUUUCUUUGGUUUAUAAUACAGCUGUAGCUUUCACCGAGUUCUUCAAUGUUUCAUGACAUAGAUUUGAAUUGCCCCUUUACGGUUUUAUGAAUUUGUUUGAUUCUGAGGUAUAACAUAUUUCAUCAUAUAUAGUUCUUAUGUUAGGGAGUUGGCGCAAUAUUCUUGGACUUUAUAAAGCAAAGCCUAAUUUAUGUUGCAGAUUUGAAAUAUUAAAUACUGAAAUACC